UCUGGAGCAGCCCUUCCCGGGAAUCAAACCUCCACCGAGCACCGACAGCCUGCACGGAGCACACAGCCAGCACACAUCCGGGUUUAGGGGCUGUCACCGCGGCUCUCCGGACAGAGUCUCCCCGCAGAGAGGCUGCAGCGCUCCGAGAGGCACACGGACUGAUUCUGCCGGUGAAAACACGGAAACACGGAUCAAACCGGGAGGGGAGAUGGACCGAGAUGAUCUGAAGGCCUGAUGGGAGCUGCGACACAUCCAGACCUGGAGCUCAAAGGCGGAUUUACCACCAGGCAGAGACUGAUCAGCGAGUGAGCAGGCUCCUCCUCCCUCCUGGUCUGGAUUAAAGCCCAUCAGGAUCAUGAAUCGCCCCCCCUCUCCCCCCUCCCCUCCUGUAAUCCGGAUUUAACCGAGCUGGAUUUAAGACUCCGAUCUGAUCUGGAUUACUCCGCUGCUCCUGGUUCUGACCGGGUCUCAUCCGUGAUCUUAGACGCCGUCCCGGUCCUGGUCCCGUUUGUGGAGUUCUGCCAACGUCAUGCCGACGUCACGGCCCGGGUCGGAGCCCGUGGAGUUCUGGGUGGACGGGUCUAGGCGGGACGGGACUGUGGAGGAGUUCUACACCCUGAGCUCUGAGCUGGGCAGAGGAGCGACGUCCAUCGUGUAUCGCUGUGAGGAGAAACAAACUCAGAAACCCUACGCUCUCAAAGUGCUCAAGAAAACGAUCGAUAAGAAAAUAGUUCGGACUGAAAUCGGCGUCCUGCUGCGUCUUUCACACCCAAACAUCAUCCAGCUGAAGGAGAUCUUUGAGACUGACACUGACAUCGCUUUAGUGCUGGAGCUGGUGACGGGAGGAGAGCUGUUUGACAGGAUCGUGGAGCGUGGGUACUACAGCGAGAGGGACGCUGCUCAUGUCAUCAAACAGAUCCUGGAGGCCGUGGCGUAUCUACACGAGAACGGUGUUGUGCACCGUGACCUGAAACCAGAGAACCUGCUGUACGCCGACCUGUCGCUGGACGCUCCGCUGAAGAUCGCGGACUUCGGUCUGUCCAAAAUCAUCGACGACCAGGUGACCAUGAAGACCGUCUGUGGCACGCCGGGGUACUGCGCUCCAGAGAUCCUGAGAGGAAACGCCUACGGCCCCGAGGUGGACAUGUGGUCGGUGGGCGUCAUCCUCUACAUCCUACUCUGCGGCUUCGAGCCGUUCUUUGACCCGAGGGGGGAUCAGUACAUGUACAGCCGCAUCCUCAACUGCGACUACGAGUUUGUGUCUCCAUGGUGGGACGAGGUUUCUCUCAACGCCAAGGACCUGGUCAGUAAGCUGAUCGUCCUGGACCCUCAUAAGCGUCUGAGUGUUCGGGAGGCCCUGCAGCACCCAUGGGUGCUGGGUAAGGCUGCUCGCUUCUCCCACAUGGACACCACCCAGAGGAAGCUGCAGGAGUUCAACGCUCGACGCAAACUGAAGGCCGCCAUGAAGGCCGUGGUCGCCACCAGCCGGAUGCACGAAGGUUCACGGCGUCGCACUGACAGCUGUGAGAUCCCUGGCUCAGGGACUUCCAGGCAGAGCAGUAUGCAGCAAGACCCGCCUCCUGAAUCAUCAAGCCCCGCCCCAUCAGACAAAGAGUCACCACCCUUAGAUCAGCAGACACCACAGGAAGGAGGAUCAAAAACCGCCGACCCUAGUGCCCCCAGCCCGUCGUCUCCACGCAGCCCCAAACCACCAGCUUCUGACAUCACGCCUACAGGCCCCGCCCCCAUCAGACCUCCGCUGCGAGCCGACGGGCUCCGACAGGCGUCUAUGGUCCCUAAAACCAUGCAGGUCCAGCCCCGGAUGCCGCAGAAGAGCUGCUCCGUGGUCGAGCCCGCCCCUAGAGUAGAGACCACGCCAACUCUGACCACACCCCCAAGCCCUAACAGCCUCAUCAACGGUUUCACACCCGGGACUGGUCCACCCAGUAAGACCGCCCACUGCCAGUGAUCGCAUGAAGGAACAUAAAAAUCACCAAACCCUGAGUUCAGCUUUUUAUUCAUCUUUAAAAAUAUCAUGUAUCAUUUAACGGGACCAACAAACACGGAAACUAAAAUAUUCAUAACACCCAGAGCUAACAUGUAACCUGAACUCUGCUGAUGCUGUUUGCUAACGUCCUAACAGCAGCGUGCUCUCUGAGGGUUUACCUGAAGCUUUAACACUGGUCUGUUUUUACUGAUGAGCUGCUGGUUUCAGUGGGAAGGCUGGACAGGAUGCACGAGGUGAAAACAACAUUUACCGUCCCAAAUCAGGACCUAACAGUACCCUCUGCUCUGAACGCUGAGCUGAGAAAAUAACCAAACGUUUUCACCUCUAACAAGGGUCGUUACCAUAACCAGAAUUUUUACUUUGUACAAAAAUCAAGCAGUAUUGGUAGCUGUUUUAUUAUAACGGCAACAAAAAGGGAAGUCCUAGGCUCUCAGAGCCAGGCGUGGGCCAAUUCAUAAAGUUUUCUCAAGACACUUUACAAAGAGGGCAGGUCUAGACCAUGCUCUCCAUUGUGGCCUAAUGUGGUAGACCAGUAUCAACCAGUGAUAGCAGUUAAAACAUUAAUUUCAGUCAAAAUUAACAGAAGGUAAUAUUUAAGUUGGAAUAUCAGUGAAAUUUCACAGAUCUGAACCAUGAAACAACUGAGUCCAGCUUCCUACUGCUGUAGGGGAAGUUGAUGGUUUUGGUGUCCACCUGCAGGCUUUUACCAUUUUAUUUUAUUUAAAGAAACUGGCUGGUUGUAUCCUGACACGCCACAUCAGUAUUAAUUUUGGAAGCUGUUUUUUAUU